UGGAAUCACCUAGCCAGCUGAUCACAACAACAAAACAGUCAGCGCGUAGCCGUGACGUGAUGUGGUUCGUAUGUGGUGGCUCUGCGCUGGAUUUAAUCGACGUUGUCCAUUUUUUUUCAAAUCGAACCGAGUGACUGCGCCCACGUUUAGGGCCAAACGCGACUGAAACAAGUGCCAAUUAGGGAUAUACCUUGCCAAGAAGGAAUGUCAAUUUUCCUAUGUGGAUUUAUCCAGCAGUAAAAAGUUAAAAAAUGCCUUCCCUUCUCGAAGCUCUUGAGCAAAAAUACGGAGAGAGCUCCACCGAAUCCGAAGGCUCUGAAGAUGAAGGCAUCUCUGUGGCCAUUUUCGUGCCUUGUAAGUCUCCAAGAACCAUCGUUCCUUCUCUCUUAGUCCUCAACGACUGCGAUAUCGCGACUGCCGGUGAAAAAGAAGCCUUAGUUGCCAAAUGUGCUUGCGUGGAAGAACUCGACCUCGCCAAAAACAAACUCAACGACUGGCCAGAGGUUUUCGGCAUCCUCCAACAAAUGCCUCGUCUCAAGUUCGUCAAUUUGAGUUUCAAUCAGCUGAACACACCUCUGAAGAACGUGGAAGUCGACAGGAAUUUGCGAUGGCAACAACUCAGGAAUCUUGUCCUAAAUUCCACGUACAUAGACUGGGAGAGCGUCCAGCGAAUGCUCGAUCAUCUGCCGGGUUUAGAAGAACUACACUUGAGUAUGAACGAUUACAAUAACGUGGAUUUAUGUAGCCAGGAGAAGUGCUGUGAAUGCGAGAAGAACGAUAACGAGCACGAAGAAACCAAGUGCUUUUGUCCGGGGACUGUUUACAAAAAGAAGCAGCAGCAUGACGGAAUCAAAAAAUUGCAUUUUAAUGCGAAUCCGGUGGAUAAGUGGAAAGAGGUCUGCAAAUUGGGGUACGCUUUUCCUAGUUUGGAGUCGCUGGUCUUGGCAGAUUGUCCAAUUGAAUCUCUUGAUAUAGAGAUAAACGGUGAUACGGGCUGCAAUAGAAAUUAUGAACGCUCGGAAAGUGAGUGUGAGUCUGGAAAUACAGAGGAAUCGCCGCAUAAUAGCUUCAGAGCACUGAAAUUCUUGAAUCUGAACUCGACUCGGCUAUCAACUUGGGACGAUAUUGAACGCUUGUCAAAAUUUCCAUCUCUUCAGUGUGUCCGUGUACAGGGUUGUCCGCUAUGGGAAAGCAACGAAUAUACAGAACACGAAAGAAGACAACUUCUAAUAGCGCGUCUACCUAACGUAGAAAUUCUUAACGGAGGUGGCGCUAUAGGUAGUGAUGAAAGAGAAGACGCGGAAAGAGCGUUCAUAAGAUACUAUAUGGAAAAACCAGAGAGUGACCGUCCAGAAAGGUAUUUUGAACUGGUAGCUAUCCAUGGUAAGCUGGAUCCUUUGGUAAAUGUUGAUCUCAGACCCGAAAAAAGAGUCAAGGUAACUUUUACUUGUGGUUCAAAUAGUGAGGUUCGGUCGGUAGACGUUUAUAGGACAGUGAUUGAUUUGAAAACAAAACUGGAACCUUUCGCAGGAUUUAGUGCCGCGAAAAUGCGACUGUUCUAUGUUGAUCAGGAAUUAAGAGAUAUGCAGGGUCCAGAGGAAAUGAAGUACCCGCAUAAGCAGCUCUACAGCUACAACAUUCGAUCAGGUGACGAGAUAAUUAUCGACUGUAAGAAAAAAAUAACUGAAAAGUAACUUUAUUCAAAUGCAACAAGUAUAGUAUGUAGACUAAUAUAUUUUCACAAAAUU